AUGUGGCCAACUCGUCUCGACAGCUUUCCGCUCCUUUUGCCUGAACCUCGCAGCUGGCCAUUUGAAGUGCGGCAGGUCGCGACCAAGAGUUCGUCCAGAAGGGCACCGGCACGGCCAUGGGAGCAAGCAGCCGUCAGAACGGGGGAACGCAGCUCAACUGCAUGGCCCUGGCUUCUGGCAGGAGGAGCCUGCGGCGCCACGGGCACAAUCGGCAGGUCGCGCAGACGCCCAGCUGAACGAGACCGCAGAAUCGUGCGUGGAAGUUCUGCUCAGAUGAUGGACUGGCAUGGUUAUCGUGUCCGCCGUGUGACUUUUGACGAAAGUCCACGCGAUGGUCGUCCUCACAUCGUCCUUGUUCAUGGAUUUGGUGGGUCCAUUGAGUACUGGCGCCGCAUCGUGCCAGCUCUGACUUCAGCGGGCUACACAGUGCACGCUAUCGACCUCCUAGGGUUGGGCCUCUCUGAAAAGCCAAACAUUGACUACAGCAUCGAGCUCUGGGCUACGCAGGUUGUCGACUUUUGCUCGGAACUUGAACAUGGUUCAAAGCCGGAUGUCGUGCUGGUUGGAAACUCCUUCGGCAGCUUGAUCUCCUUGGUGGCUGCCCGCAAGAUGAGCCAAGCGAAAGGGAUUGUCAUGCUCAACUGCGCCGUCGGCAUGAACAACAAGAACAUGCUCAAGGCACCCAUGGACGGAUUGCAGAAGUGGUUCGCUGGACUCGUGCUGAGCUUGGUGGACUUCGUCUUCAAGUCGCCCGUUCUAGACUUUCUCUUUUCGAAGUACGCGACGGCCGACACGGUUGGCCCCAUUCUCGAAAGCCUCUACCCCACGAAUCCAUCGGCCGCGGAUGCCGAGAUUGUCAGCAGCUUUGUGACGCCCGCGGAGGAUCCGGGGGCCGUUGAGGUGCUGCGCCAGAUUUACACGGGUGACCCUGGACCGACUCCGAUGGAGAUUGCCGAGGAUCCAUACUUCGAUUCCUUUCCCAUCAAGGUCGUUUGGGGCAGCCAAGAUGGCCUGACGCCCAUCACGGGGGGCGUAGGUACUUACUUCACGCGCUUGGCCAAGGAGCGGGACAACGUGGAUUUCGAGAUUGUUGCUGCAGGGCAUAUUCCACACGAUGAGAACCCUGAGGCAGUGAACAAGGCUGUGCUUGGCUGGCUGGCCCAGAAACCAUGGCAAUGA